UUAGUCAACGGAUCCGCCUCAUGCAACAAAGCCACCAGAAAAUCCCAAUUUCAGUACAGCACACCGGAUACCGAAAACCAAACGCUGAUCAGCGAAUCAAUGCCCCUUUGCCUUCUUCUCCCAAAUUCAAGUAAAGAUCAUUCAGAAGUUUUGCCCACACAAUCUGUGAAUAAUACCAUCCUAUGUGUUCUUACUGUUUACUUUUGUUUUUCUUUGUGACAACUGUUACAGAUUUCACCAUGGAACAAUUUUCUUGAAUUGUACUCCCCCAAAAAAAGAAGGAAAAAACAAGAAUAUCAGAAGAAAUCAUUGCCCAUUUGGUGGGUUCUAGCCGCCUUUUUCAUGUUCGAUCAAAACGAGGUGAAAAGACCACGAAAUAGUCAAAUGGGUCGGAAGGGAAGUGAAUUGGAGCCUACCAGGUGGGGUACUUUGAUCCUCCUCUUGAUGGGUUUGGUGUCUUUUUCUGUGGUGUACAUUUUCAUGUCAUCUGUACUGAGCCCUUCAUCAUCAUUAUCAGCGAGUUCAAGAACUAGGUCUUUGAGGUAUGUUGAUGGGAGUUAUGAAAAUGAUGGUAACAAUUCGGAGUUUGAAUUGAGUGGAGGUGGGGAGUGCUGUAGAGGGAUUCAGGGUUUGGAGCUCUGGGGGGCUGCUGUGAAAUGGGGCACAGAAUUCAAGUUCAAUUCCUCUGAACAAUGUUGUAAGGCUUGCAAGAAGAUGUGUACGGGGAAAGACGGGCCGUGUCUUUGUGAUUCAUGGGUUUUUUGUGGGAAUAAGGAAGCUUGUGGGGAGAAACUUGGUGAGUGUUGGUUGAAGAAACAGAAGGACGUCCUGGCUCCUGAUAAGCAGGAAACAGGAAAUAAAAAUAUGUGGACAUCAGGGCUCGUUUUUGGAGGAGGAGAGGGCAUUGUUGGGUUGGAGACAGAGUAUGGAACUCUGCACAUAAAGCUUUUGCCUGAUUGUUCGCCACAUUCAGUUGCAUACAUCCUGGAGUUGUUGGCACUACGCCAUUGUGCAGGAUGCCAUUUCUAUCGGGCUGAAAGUCGUGGUCGAUCUUGGGAUGCGAAAGGAAACCACAUAAAAGAUUCCUCGUUUGGCCCUCCAUUUGCUCUUAUCCAAGGAACUCUAGACGCCCAAGGGCUGCCGUUCAACAAGAUUCAAACCGAGCACUGCCCAACCAUAAGAAGAGGGUCGGUUGCAUGGGUUGGCUCCGGCCCGGAAUUCUUCAUAAGCCUGGCAAAUCACGAAGAGUGGAAGAAGUCGUACACCGUUUUUGGUUCAGUACUUCCAGAAGAUAUGGUGAUCGCCGAGAAAAUAGCUCAGCUCCCCACAAAACCAGAUGCUUGGAAUAACAUUAACGUCUCGGUUUUAGAACAGACUGUACCAUUGAAGAUUCAAAGAGUAAAGAUCAGUAGCAGUGACAUGAAUCUCAAUGCUGAUUAGAAGCGCCAAUGAAGAUUAUGGAAACACAAGUGAAGUGUGAAACAUGUAUAUGGAGGUGCAGCAGACAGUGUAACUAAAGCUCCAACUUGCACAUAUUGUGGUACAUUGUCGGAAACUAGGCUUGGUGUUUGAUGUCUCUGAUGUUUUCAGAACAAAAUGGAAAGGAAAAAAUUAUAUAAUGGUCUAAUUACUUAAAUUUGUUUGUGUCUUGAAUGAUAUUACAUCUCGAGUAUUUGACUUUAUUCUCAA